AUGAGUACGACCAUUGAAAGCGGAUACGACAAAAAGAAACAAACGACGACGCAAGAACGUAACAAAUCACAAAUUAGUGAUUUGAGGAAAUAUAACAACUGGGUGAAAGCAUGUUUAAUACAUGAAUAUGUCCAAGAGAACACAACUGUCUUGGACUUUUGCGGAGGGAAAGGUGGAGAUAUUCAGAAGUUUGAUAACUCGAAGGUGAAGCAUUUAGUGAUAGCGGACUUGUCGACGGUCUCAUUGGAACACGCGAUGGAACGUAUAAAGAGUCGAACGAACAAAUUGUCGUUUGACUGUCAAACUGUUCCCGGGGACUGCUUUGCACAAGACUUUGUAGGGAAACUUCCCGAUUUAGAUUAUGACGUUGUAUCGUGUCAAUUUGCUAUUCAUUAUUCCUUCUCAUCGCCGGAGACUGCACGACAAGCGAUUGAGAAUGUGACGAGUCGAUUGAAGGUAGGGGGGAUCUUUUUAGGGACGACAGUGAAUGCGUAUCGAGUUGUGAAAAAGCUGCGGUGUGUGCCUGGGACGUCCUUUGGGAAUGGGUUAUUCAAAAUAGAAUUUGACAAAGCCGUUGAUAAAGAGCACAUCCCGAUCUAUGGCGCUCAGUACAAUUUUAAGUUGGUUGAUGCGAUUGAGGAUUUGCCCGAGUUCUUAAUCCCUUUUUGUGAGUUCCACAAGAUCUGUGAGGACUUUGGGCUUCGACUUGUUGCGUUGUGGGAUUUGAACCAAUUCUAUCAUGACUGGAUUCAUAAGGAAGAAUACAAAAAGUUGUUUGAGUCGAUGACUAAAGGGUCUGUGAGGAUGGAACAAUGGGAGAUUAUUGGGUAUUACAACGCUUUUGUCUUUCAAAAGGUGAAGUGA